UCCUCUCUCUCUCUCACUGGUCAACUUCGUGCUCUUUGUGAGUCAGUAGUUUUUCACUUUUACUUUGUCUUGUUGUGACGCAGAUGUUUCCCCCACGUUAAACAUCUGGUGUGGACUCUGCUAUGAGUCAGUGUGAGGACAGAGAGGAGGGAGCCCCUCCCUCUAAAACCACUCUGUGUGGGGACCAUGACAGCCAGACCAAAGCUCAGAGUAUCAGGAUGCAGCAGCAGAAACCUGGACCUGGACCCAGCUGUGUGUCCAUGAAGAGUGACUGGUCUAUGGAGCGUCCUGUUGACUUUAAAGAUGGACAAGGUUCUGCUGGCGGAAGUCUGCAGCAAAGACCUGAACCAGGACCUGGACCCAGCUGUGUGUCCAUGAAGAGUGACCGGUCUAUGGGUCGUCCUAUUCACUUUAAAGAUGGACAAGCUAUUGAUGGAAGGAUGCAGCAGCAGAAACCUGGACCUGGACCCAGCUGUGUGGCAAUGAAGAGUGACUGGUCUAUGGGUCGUAUUGGUAACUUUAAAGUUGGACAAGCAGUUGAUGAAAGAGUUCACCAGGAGAGCUCAGAGGGCCUCGGUGGUCAGUCUGACCUGCAGCAGCAAACAGACCUGGACUCCAUAUUUAUGCUGCUGGAGGAGAACAUCGUCACUUUUGUAAGGAAAGAGCUGAAGAAGAUUCCGAAGGUUCUAUGUCCAGAUUACCCAGAAUGCUUAGAGAGUCAGAAGGAGGAUGAGGAGGUUUUAGAGGGUGAGGAUGAAGAGCAGAGGAGGAGCAGCAGAGAAGCAUUUCUGAAGAUCACACUGCACUUCCUGAGGAGAAUGAAGCAGGAGGAGCUGGCUGACCGUCUGCAGAGCAAAACUAGUGUUGCAGGAUGCCGCCCCAAACUCAAGUCCAACCUGGAGAAGAAGUUCCAGUGUGUGUUUGAGGGAAUUGCAAAAGCAGGAAACCCAACCGUUCUGUAUCAGAUGUUCACAGAGAUCUACAUCAUGGAGGGAGGGGCUGCAGGGGUUAGUGAAGAACAUGAGGUCAGACAGAUUGAAACAGCAUCCUGGAAACCAGACAGAACAGAAACAAUAAUUAGAUGUGAAGACAUCUUUAAAGCCCCACCUGGGAGAGAUGAACCAAUCAGAACCGUGAUGACAACGGGAGUGGCUGGCAUCGGGAAAACAGUCUUAACACAGAAGUUCACUCUGGACUGGGCUGAAGGCAAAGCCAACCAGGACAUCCAGUUCAUUUUCCCAUUCACCUUCAGAGAGCUGAAUGUGCUGAAAGAGAGAAAGUUCAGCUUGGUAGAACUUGUUGAACACUUCUUUAGUGAAACCAAAGAAGCAGGAAUCAGCAGGUUUGAAGAGGUCCAGGUGGUCUUCAUCUUUGACGGUCUGGAUGAGUGUCGACUUCCUCUGGACUUCCUCAACACCGAGGUCCUGACUGAUGUUACAAAGUCCACCUCAGUGGGUGUGCUGCUGACCAACCUCAUCAGGGGGAAUCUGCUUCCCUCAGCUCGCCUCUGGAUAACCACACGACCUGCAGCAGCCAAUCAGAUCCCUCCUGGGUGUGUUGACAUGGUGACAGAGGUCAGAGGGUUCACUGACGCCCAGAAGGAGGAGUACUUCUGGAAGAGAUUUAGAGAUGAGGAGCAGGCGAGCAAAAUCAUCUUGCACAUCAAGAGAUCACAAAGCCUCCACAUCAUGUGCCACAUCCCAGUCUUCUGCUGGAUCACUGCUACAGUUCUGGAGGACGUAUUGAAGACCAGAGAGGGAGGGGAGCUGCCCAAGACCCUGACUGAGAUGUACAUCUACAUCUUCUUGGUGGUUCAGUCCAAAGUAAAGAAGGUCAAGUUUGAUGGAGGAGCUGAGACAGAUCCAACCUGGAGUCCAGAGAACAGGAAGAUGAUAGAGUCUCUGGGAAAACUGGCUUUUGAGCAGCUGCAGAAAGGCAACCUGAUCUUCUAUGAAUCAGACCUGACAGAGUGUGGCAUCGAUAUCAGAGCAGCAUCAGUGUACUCAGGAGUGUUCACACAGAUCUUUAAAGAGGAGAGUGGACUGUACCAGGACAAGGUGUUCUGCUUCGUCCAUCUGAGUGUUCAGGAGUUUCUGGCUGCUCUUCAUGUCCAUCUGACCUUCACCAACUCUGGAGUCAACCUGCUGGCAGAAGAACAAAUAUCAUCAUGGCUGCCUAAAGUCUUCAGAGAAAAACCUAAACUAAAGCAUAUCCACCAGAGUGCUGUGGACAAGGCCUUACAUAGUCCAAAUGGACACCUGGACUUGUUCCUCCGCUUCCUCCUGGGUCUUUCACUGCAGACCAAUCAGAAUCUCCUGCAAGGUCUGCUGACACAAACAGGACGUAGCUCAGAGACCAAUCAAGAAACAGUGAAGUACAUCAAGAAGAAGAUGGAUAAGGACAUGUCUGCAGAGAGAAGCAUCAAUCUGUUCCACUGUCUGAAUGAACUGAAUGAUGGUUCUCUAGUGGAGCAGAUCCAACAGUCCCUGAGUUCAGGACGUCUCUCCACAGGUGAUCUGUCUCCUGCUCAGUGGUCAGCUCUGGUCUUCAUCUUACUGUCAUCAGAAGUAGAUCUGGACGUGUUUGACCUGAAGAAAUACUCUGCUUCAGAGGAGGCUCUUCUGAGGCUGCUGCCAGUGGUCAAAGCCUCCAAAAAAGCUCUGUGA